CGUAAGCCAUCCUAAUGGAUGUGAAGUACUAUCUUAUUGUGGGUUUUUUUUUUUAAUUAAUUUGUUUAUUUUUUGGCUGUGUUGGGUCUUCGUUGGCUGGCUUUCUCUAGUUGCAGCGAGCGGGGGCUAUCCCUUGUUGCACUGUGCGGGCUUAUUGUGGUGGCUUCUCUUGUUGCGGAGCACAGGCUCUAGGCACACAGGCUUCAGUAGUUGUGGCGCACGGGCUCAGUAGUUGUGGCGCACGGGCUCAGUAGUUGUGGCGCACGGGCUUAGUUGCUCCGCGGCAUGUGGGAUCUUCCCGGACCAGGGCUCGAACCCAUGUCCCCUGCAUUGGCAGGUGGAUUCUUAACCACUGUACCACCAGGAAGUCCCCUCAUUGUGGUUUUGAUUUGCAUUCUCCUAAUGACUAAUGAUGUUGAGCAUCUUUUCAUACCUUCUCUGGAAAAAUGUUCAAAUCUUUUGCCCAUUUUUUUCAAGCUUUUAAACCUUUUCUUUAUUGAUCCCCAAGCCUUAUAUUUAAUCUUUUUGCGCAUGUUUAAAUUGCCUUUUUUACCGUUGAGUUUUAAGAGCUCUUUAUACAUUCUUCUUUCUUUUUUAAAAAAUUUAUUUAAUUAAUUUAUUGUUUUGGCUGCGUUGGGUCUUCGUUGCUGCGUGCGGGCUUUUUCUAGUUGCGGCGAGUGGGGGCUGCUCUUCGUUGUGGUGCAUGGGCUUCCCAUUGCAGUGGCUUCUCUUGCCGAGGAGCACAGGCUCCAGGUGCGUGGGCUUCAGUAGUUGUGGCACGUGGGCUCAGCAGUUGUGGCUCAUGGGCUCUAGAGCACAGGCUCAACAGCUGUGGCGCACGGGCUUAGUUACUCCGCGGCGUGUGGGAUCUUCCCAGACCAGGGCUUGAACCCGUGUCCCCUGUAUUGGCGGACGGAUUCUUAACCACUGCACCACCAAGGAAGUCCCUCUUUAUACAUUCUUUUUUUUUUUUUUAAUUUAUUUAUUGUUUCUGGCUGCGUUGGGUCUUUGUUGCUGCUCGUUGCUUUUCUCUAGUUGCAGCGAGCGGGGGCUACUCUUCGUUGCAGUUCCCGGGCUUCUCAUUGCGGUGGCUUCUCUUGUUGUGGAGCACGGGCUCUAGGCACGCGGGCUUCAGUAGUUGUGGAACGUGGGCUCAGUAGUUUUGGCUCGAGGGCGCUAGAGCGCAGGCUCAGUAGUUGUGGUGCACGGGCUUAGUUGCUCCGCGGCACGUGGGAUCUUCCCAGGCCAGGGCUCGAACCCGUGUUCCCUGCAUUGGCCGGCGGAUUCUUAACCACUGCGCCACCAGGGAAACCCUCUUUAUACAUUCUUGAUACAAGUCCCUUGAAUAUGAUUUGCAAAUAUUUUCUUCCAUUCUGUUGGGUUGUCUUUUCACUUUCUUGAUGGGGUGGUCCUUAGAUGCACAAAAGUAUUUUAUUUUGAUGAAGUACAAUUUACGUAUAUUUCUUUUGUUGCUUGUGCUUUUGGUGUCAUAUCUAAAAAACCAUUGACUAAGCCAAGGUCCCAAAGGUUUAACCUUAUGUUUACUUCUAGGAGUUUUCAGAGCUGACUUUUGAAUGUUCUUGGGGCAACCCCCUGAGCAGACCCCAAGCUACCCUGGCUGCAACCCUCCACAAAACCCCCACUCUAAUCCCGAAGAGUCUGCUUACAUUUCAGCCUUUCCCCUCCAAGGGUUCACAUGGGGUGGCCAACUGUGGACAGGCAUCCAGUCAGGAGCUGGGGACAGCUUGAAGGUUUAGGAUGCAGGCUGGUGAGAGAGGAGGUGGCUAGUGUCAGACUCUGGGCACCAGGCCCUGGGACCAAGGUUCCAAGCUGAGAAAGCACCUGCUGGGGCCAACAGCCCAACCUAUCUUGGCAGCUGGGUGGGUCCUUCCAGGAGGGGCUGGGCCCACUGCUGUCCAUCUCCACCCUCCCUGCUCCUCCAUUGCUAGGAGCUGGGACAGCAGGUCCACUCUAGGAAAGAAGCCUGUAGAAAGUGAUCCACCAAACUUGGCUUUCCUUAUUUCUAUUUACACUGAUUGUCCGGCUGCCCUCUUACAGAUUUAUGAUCAGAGGCUGGUGACCUCUCACAGUUGCAGGACUUUAGGACCUAGGAGAUCCUUUUGGGAAACCCAGGUGUUGGAGGCCAGCUCUACUGCUCCGGCUGGGGUAGAUGGCUGGGUGGGUGGGUGUGGACACAGAGAGGGGCACCAGGGCCAGGAAAGAGCAGCUCAGAUCUCCCGGGCCGGCCAAUACCUGCCCCGCUGGGCGCCCAGCACUCCUUUGGAAAGCCCGCCGCCGGCCCGCCCCGCGCGCCAAGCUGGUGGAUUGGGCCGGAACCGCGGGCGGGGCGGGGCCAGCGCGGCCCGAUUUGGGGCGGUGCGUGCAGCUGUGUGAGCCGACGCCGCGCGGCUCCGCCCCGAGCAUCCAGAGCCGACCCGACUGCGCCCGGCAGAGCCGCGGGGUGAGUGUCAUGGCCGCUUCCGAACAGCGCCAGCCCGGGGAGCUGCUGGCCAAGGCCCGGAGAGCCUUCCUGGAGGAGUUCGGGGCCGAGCCCGAGCUGGCCGUGUCGGCCCCGGGCCGCGUCAACCUCAUCGGGGAGCACACGGACUACAACCAGGGCCUGGUGCUGCCCAUGGCGCUGGAGCUUGGCACUGUGCUGGUGGGCAGCCCCCGGGCAGAUGGGCUUAUCUCCCUCCUUACCACCUCUGAGGAUGCAGACGAACCCCGGCGGCUGCAGUUUCCCCUGCCCACAACCCAGCGGCCACUGGAGCCUGGGGCCCCCCACUGGGCCAACUACGUCAAGGGAGUGAUUCAGCACUACCCAGCUGCGCCCCUCCCUGGCUUCAGUGCAGUGGUGGUCAGCUCAGUGCCCCUGGGGGGUGGGCUGUCCAGCUCAGCAUCCCUGGAAGUGGCCACGUAUACCUUCCUGCAGCAGCUCUGCCCAGACUCGGGGACAAUAGCCGCCCGGGCCCAGGUGUGUCAGCGGGCUGAGCACAGCUUCGCAGGGGUGCCCUGUGGCAUCAUGGACCAGCUCAUCGCACUUCUGGGGCAGAAAGGCCACGCGCUGCUCAUUGACUGCAGGUCCCUGGAGACAAGCCUGGUGCCGUUGUUGGAUCCCAGGCUGGCUGUGCUCAUCACCAACUCCAACGUCCGCCACUCACUGGGCUCCAGCGAGUAUCCCCUGCGGCGGCGCCAGUGUGAAGAAGUGGCCCGGGCGCUGGGCAAGGAGAGCCUUCGUGAGGUGCAGCUGGAGGAGCUGGAGGGUGAGAGCUGGCUGGGUGUACCGUGUCCUGGAGAUGGCUGGGCACCCUGGGGUGAGGGGGGCUGCCGGGGUCUCACUGUGGCUUUGACCCGUAUAUACAUCCCCUCACCUCCAGGGACCUCUGCCAAGCUCUACCCACUCCCCCAACACUGCUGACUUAGGACUGCUUGAAAUCUCCAUAUUGUUUUUUCUAAUGUGAGGAUUAAGUAUCCACCGUGGAAAAUACAGAAAAGUACAAAGAAGAGGACUUCCCUGGUGGCUCAGUGGUUAAGAAUCCACCUGCCAAUGCAGGGGACACGGGUUCGAGCCCUGGCCUGGGAAGAUCCCACAUGCCGCGGAGCAACUAAGUCCGUGCGCCACAACUACUGAGCCUGCGCUCUAGAGCCCGCGAGCCACAACUCCUGAAGCAGAGUGCCCAGAGCCCGUGCUCCUCAACAAGAGAAGCCACCACGAGGAGCCACCACGCAGCCCCCCCCCACCAAAAAAAGUACAAAGAAGAAAAUAACAAGCUAUAAGAUCACUACCCAGAGAUAGCCACUAUUAGCAUUUUAGUAUAUUUCCUUCCAGUGUUUUUCUACAUCUGUAUUUUCUUUUUUUAAUUAAUUAAUUAAAAAAAUUUUUUUUUCUUUUUGGCUACGUUGGGUCUUCGUUGCUGUGCAUGGGCUUCAGUAGUUGUGGCGAGCGGGAGCUACUCUUCGUUGUGGUGCGCGUACUUCUCAUUGCGGUGGCUUAUCUUGUUGCGGAGCAUGGGCUCUAGGUGCGCAGG